AUGUUCAGGUCCUGUACAUCAAGUGGUUCUCGAGCUGUCGCGUCGAGCUCACAAUUCCAAACUCAACCCUCCGCAUUCCUCCACACGACCUCCGCGCUGAGCUCACAAGCCAGCAAACGUAUCGGGCUGCGUAACAAAAAGCUCAACAUCGCCAACACCUCCAAGCGCCUCGCUGAAGCCGCCAAAUUACGACCCAGCGUUGUGCUCGGUACCCGGCCGGGCGAAGAAGAGACGAAAUGGAAAAAGUGCGAGUUGGCACAGGUGCUCGUCGACGAGGAGAAGCUGUACCAGUCUACUGCUGCGAAGACAACCAGGUUUAGCGUGCCGAUGGUACGUGAGCAGGGGCCGGUGGGCACCGUGCACCUCCCACAGCAUUUUGGGCACGGCGUUGGCCCUGCUGAGAAGCAACUGUUGUUCGAGAAACUCCCGAUUGCCACCGUGAACAUGUCCAUGUCCACCCACUCGAUGAAGGCCCACAUUGCAAGCCGCUCGCUGAACCCACAGCCUGCGAACCCGCUCACUCAAGAGGAGUUAUUUGACGCGGAGAGCAAGAAGGAGCUGCAGAAGUCCAAUUUGUUGGCCAAGGCCCUCGACCUGCGCAAUGCCAACGCGGGUGGUAUCGCGUUCGAAAACCGUCGGCGAAUCAUCCUGGCGUUCUCGACUCCCGAAAAUCCUUAUGACACUGGCCGCACGGAGGUGCAAGUUGCUCUCAUCACAUACAAAAUUCGAAACCUCUGGGAACAUCUGAAGCGCGCAAAACGAGAUGUUGCCAACCGACGAGGGCUCACAAAACUUGUUCACCAAAGAGCCAAACUCCUUCGCUAUCUCAAAGGCGUCUCCAGAGACCGCUACGAGACCCUCCUUGAACAGUUAGCGCUAGAUCCUGAGAGUGUUGAAGGAGAACUAGUUUUAUAA